AUGAAGGAUAAGAUAUACUCUGGACGACGGGUGGGACGCCAUGGGUCCCAGGACUUCCUUAAGCAUCAUCGUCUCCAUUUUUGUGAAUCCAUUAUUGACAAGCAUUCUCCAAUGGACGCACUCUAUAUAAAGAGGAGUUGGUUUCAAAAUUUUGGAUUUUCAGGACAUGUAGUGGUGAAAAACUGCUCAAGAUUUGUGUUGAUGGUUUGGCUUCUGUUGGCGUUCGUCCUCAUGCAAAGUUACACUGCUAACUUGACAUCUAUAUUGACCUUGGAUCAACUGCGACCCAGUUUUCUGAACAUUAAUGAUCUAAGGAAAGGGGGUUAUUACGUUGGAUACCAAUCUGGGUCUUUCGUUUACGAUGUGUUGGUUGAGCAAUUUAAGUUUGACCCGUCCAAACUACGGCCAUACAGCAACAUUUCUCAGUAUCAUGAUGCUCUAAAGAUUGGAAGCCAAAAUGGGGGUGUUGCAGCCAUAUUCGAUGAAGUGCCCUAUCUUAAAGUAUACCUUCAAGAAUACGGAUCCAAUUGUAUGUUGGUCGGCCCGAUAUAUAGAAAUACUGGGUUUGGUUUUGUAUUCCCUUUAAACUCCAAUCUCACGGCUUAUUUUUCGAGAGCCAUCCUGAAUGUGACUGAAAGCGAGUUAAUGAAUGAAAUAGAGGAAAAGUAUUUUGGGAAGAAUGAUAAUGGAGGAGAAGACUCGUCUGCGGAAAUAUCUUCCGCUCCUCUCAGUCUCAACUUUCAUAGCUUUGCAGGGCUCUUCUUGAUUAAUGGGAUUUCUACUUUAUUAGCGUUGUUAGUUUCAGAAAGAAUGAUAUGGCAAAGGCUCAUUUUGAUGGCUAAAUCAUUGAGUGAGAGGUAUUUGUCACCCAUUCCACUUUCAAAACACGGAACAAUAGAGUAG